GUCAGAUUCAGGGUCCCUCCCUGACUCCCAGGUGAGCUAAAGAGUCAGACUUCAGCAGAUUUCUGUCAGACUGUCUCCGAGACACGCGUGGUUUCCUCUCUGGUUUCACUCUGUCAUCCAGAUGGUGUUCAGAUCGCCGCUCGACUUUUUCUCAGCCUCCCGGAUCCUGCUGCCACACUUCACGGAUGGGCCCCCUAUUCUGGCCCGCUCCCGCUCCCCGGAGGACCCUCCCUCUGCCUGUCCUUCCCUGGCUCUCCCGGGGUUGUGUUUCUCCGCGGCGCAGAUCGCCAGCGUCUGCGAGACUCUGGAGGAGACCGGAGACAUCGAGCGGCUGGCCCGGUUCCUCUGGUCACUCCCGGUGACCGCAAACGGCCGCGACUCCAUCUCUGAGCACGAGUCCGUGCAGCGGGCUCGCGCCGUGGUGGCUUACCACACCGGGAGUUUCCGCGAGCUUUAUCACAUCCUGGAGACGCACCGCUUUACGCGCGCCUCGCACGGUAAACUGCAGGCAAUGUGGCUGGAAGCGCACUACCGGGAGGCGGAGAAGCUCCGGGGGCGACCGCUCGGACCUGUUGAUAAGUACCGCGUGAGGAAGAAGUUCCCGUUACCGAGGACAAUCUGGGACGGUGAGCAGAAGACGCACUGCUUCAAAGAGCGCACACGGGGGCUGCUGAGAGAGUGGUAUCUGCAGGACCCGUACCCGAAUCCCGGGAAGAAGCGGGAGCUGGCGCACGCAACCGGACUCACACCGACUCAGGUUGGGAACUGGUUCAAAAACCGGAGACAGAGAGACCGGGCGGCAGCAGCAAAAAACAGGUUGCAGCACCACCGGAUGUGUCCAGACGGUGCGCGGUCACUAAGCGGAGGAGAGUGCAGUCCAGACGAAAGCGGGGAGCGCGCAGAUGGAGAAACUCUCCUCUCAGUAACGGACAGUGACUCUGACUUGGAUGUUUGAGACUUUACAAAAAUAUGACAUGGACCUUCAGGGGGCCUCAGUGGAUUACCGGAGAGAGGAGGAUGAUGUGUGCGAGGGAGGAAGAAAAAAGGCUGGUCAGGGUUGCAAUAAAUGUUCAGGGCAUAAAACAGCUUCACCCUAAAUGUUUCCUCAGCCCACCAAGCAGAUGAUGUUCCAGGUUACAUGAAGAUUUUUCUUUUGCUUCUUGAGAAUAUCAUUGAUUUGUGUCUUUCUUGUUGGUUUCCUUUUUUUUCAAAAAACAAAACAAAAACUACAUCACUGCCUGGACGGUGACGUUGCACAUGUGUGGACCCAGCUCGCACCAUCAAUCUAAUUAAACAGACAUCAAGCCGUGGACCCCUGUUGGACUUUAACCCUGCAGGGACCCCCACAUGGGAGGACCUUUACACACUGAAACCUGCCAGUGAGCUAAUCACUCUCAUUUUCUCUAAUUAUGUAUCAUUAUUUUUCUUUUUCAAUGAAACCAGUUGUUUCUUUAGAAGACCCUGAUGUCCGCUGCUGUAGACAAUCAAUACGCACUGAAGCCUAAAACCUCCCUUGUUUUGUUUUGUUCCUUUACCUUCACUUCUACUUUAUUUAAAGUUCACUGUGCAGUCUGUGUGU